AAACUUUUCGCGCACCUCCCAAACAUUAGAAAACCCACAGGGCUGGCAGUGAGAGAGCCUUUGGCGAACACGACAGGCAAGGCGGCCGACGCCUCUGGAGAAGGAUUAAUCCUAUUUUUCCUCUCUUUUUUGUUCCCACACUCACCCCCUCCAAGGAUCUGUGUGGGGAGAGAGGGGGGGGACGAGAUUGCCUUGUUUUCCUGCCACGUCUAGAGAGAGGCUCCGCUCCCUUGAAGGAUUUCCCUGCACGUGAAAAGCGUCUGGAGCGAGGGAUACAAUUUUCUCCGGGGGAGAAAUUUCGUGUGGAUUUUUGUUUUUUGUCUUUCGGGAACGAUUCCGUGGAACAGGCAUUGGGCAGUUUCGGUAAUCGGAUGGACCACCAACCCACCCCUAGGAGCUGCAGCCGGGGGCCCCCAGCCUGCGACGCCGUCCAGAGCGACCCGUCCAUGAACGUUUUCAUUCACACGACCACCGGGGCCCGGUAUGAGCUAUCUGUGCCCGUGGAAGAGACGGUGGAAGGUCUGAAGCGGCGGCUCUCUCAGAGGCUGAAGGUCCCGAAGGAGAGGUUGGCUCUCUUGCACAAAGAAAGUCGACUUAGUUCAGGCAAACUGCAAGAUCUUGGAGUUGGAGACGGAAGCAAAUUGACUCUGGUGCCUACGGUGGAAACUGGCUUAAUGUCGCAAGCAUCCAGACCAGAACAGUCCGUAAUGCAAGCGUUGGAAAGUUUAACAGAAACUCAGGUAAACGACUUCCUGUCGGGCAGAUCUCCUCUCACCCUCGCCCUGCGCGUCGGAGAUCACAUGAUGUUCGUACAGCUGCAGCUCGCAGCCCAGCAGAGCAGUGGGCAGCUGCAGCACCGCCACGUGAUCGCCAGCCGCGGCGAGGCAUCCGGAGGAGCCCCCGCGAUGCCAGCCCCGGGCCCCGAUUGCCACGCGCUCCAUGGGGGCAGCCCCGCCUCCAGCUUUGCCCGGGUCCCUGCAGUGCCUGUCUGCCAGCAAAGCCCUGCAGCCUCUCCCUCACAGGCCACACCCAUGUACUGUAGCACCGCCCACCCCACGCCCGUCACGGCAGGCAUGUUCCGGUCGCACGGGGCUGAUGCCCAAGCGGCGAGUGGCGGCGGCGGCGGCAGCACCUCUCUGUGUUCAGAGGUGGAUUGCUCUGCGCGGAGUAAAUCGUCGCCCAGUCCCAGCCCAGGCCAGCCUUCCCGUCCCCGCAAACCCGGUGCUGUGAUCGAAAGUUUCGUUAACCACGCCCCCGGCGUCUUCUCCGGAACGUUUUCUGGCACUUUGCACCCAAAUUGCCAAGACAGCAGUGGCCGGCCGCGACGGGACAUCGGCACCAUCCUCCAGAUCCUCAAUGAUCUCUUGAGUGCCACGCGGCAUUACCAGGGCAUGCCCCAGUCGCUGACACAACUGCGGUGCCAGACACAAUGCUCCCUGUCCUCGGCAGCAGCAUCGCCGCCUCCCUCUCCAGAUCUCUCCAACAACACUACCUCAGAGAAAAUCGCAACCGCUGCUAGCCAAUCCUUGCAUUUGGGCGCCCAGUGCACCAGCCAAGGAACAACCUCUAAACCUUCUGGGGACCGGUUGCGACAGACGGAGAACCGGGCCACCCGUUGCAAGGUGGAGCGCCUCCAGCUUUUAAUGCAGCAGAAGCGGCUGCGCCGGAAAGCGCGCCGAGACGCCCGCGCGCCCUAUCACUGGCUUCCGAACCGCAAGUCCAGCCGUACCAACAGCAACAGUAGCGUUUCAAGUGAAGGUAGCCUCGAUCUGGACUUCGAAGACUCUGUGUGGAAACCAGAAGUCAAAGCGGACAUGAAAUCUGAAUUUGUCGUAGCAUAAAAAUAUAAAUAGCAAGACCUUGGGGCCAGGGGGGAGAGCGAAGUUUUUUCCGGGGGGAGGAAGGGGAUAUUGAGAAGAAUAAUAAAAAAAGACCAUUUAGUAAUAAUGUUUUUUUUUGGUCAGUGCGAGCAAAGUUCUUGGGUGCUUGAUCAUUUAAAAACAAAACACCUUGGUUGCUGUGGAUUUCGUUGGAUGGACAUUUGGAUAUCUUUUUAGACAGAUGAGAUGUCUCCCUCUGCCUCCUUUGGAACAGUAUUUCGUAUUGUUUUUGAAACUCUGUUCUGGUUUUAUUUUUUAAGAACUGAAAACGACCGAGCGAAAAAGACGCUCCUUCCCAGGAAGCGAACUUGAGAGGACGAUUGACAAAACACUUCUUUAUUUUUAAAUUUUCCUGUUUCAUUCUUUUUCUUUUUUGCGGUUUCAAAGAAGAAGGAUCCUUCAAACAGCUGCCUUAGAUGACAUGUGGAAGAGAAAAUGGACCCAGGAUUAAACAGCAAGGGAGUUGGAGUUUGAGAUGUACAGAGCUGGGAGGGGCAAGGACUUAAAAAAAAAAAUCUCCUGGAUUUCCUGGUUUUAUUAUUUUCAGGGAAAGGAGGAGAAAAGCCCAGGGCGGGUGGGUUGGGGAUGGAAAUGGAGGAAGAACCUUUUUUGGUGCAUUGAAUGCCACUUCCUUCCUUGUGAAAUUGGCGAGGAUGUAAGUUUCAAAAAAAAAAUGGAGGUGUUUUUUUUAAUCAUUCAAAGCUUCCUCUUAUUUUUAUUUUAAAAUUUAUUCCUCUCUUUUUUAAAAAAGAAAUUAUUUGGUGAUUUCUGUGUAACGGGAAGCGCUGUGCAUUCUUCAGGCUGAGGGGAGGGCCCAGAUUUUUUUGGGGGGUGGGGGGGUCAAAAAAAAUGGAUUUGAGGGCGUGUGCAUGUCUGUCUGUUUCCCUUUAAUAUGUAGCAUAUCUCUGCUAAUCUUGAUCUGUCAAAUCUUAAGCCCUUUUCCCACCCAUCCCCAAAUCCUUGCUACCGUGUAUGUCUGCAUUGCGAGAACCGGCUGUGCACUUUAGAGGUAUAAAUUGUGAAGUGAUACAAGCCCAUUUAAUUUCCCCCCUCCCCCCAAAAAAUAACCCUUGGGGGCUGGGAGGAGUGCUGUUUUGGACCUCAUCCGAAAUCUUCUCUUUCCCUCUUAAGGUAUCCUGUCUUUUUUUCUUUUGUUUUGCAUUGUAUAUCUUUGAUACCAAUAUAUUGACAAUAGUUCUCUCUCCUUUUUUAAAUUAUUGUGUGCAUUAAAAAUUAGAGGCUA